ACGAUGCCCCUGUCUCAGAGCAGGGCCGGGCAGAUGCCAUGCAGCAGCAAGGUGUGCAGAAACCUCUUUGGCCCCGUGGACCACCACCAGCUCCAGAAUGACUUUGAGGACCUGUUGAGGGAACACCUGGAAGAAGCUCAGCAGCGCUGGAACUUCAACUUUGAGACGGAGACUCCCUUGGAAGGACAGUUCAAGUGGGAAAGGGUCUUUCCGGCUGAGCAGCUGCCCCAGGAGGUCCACAGCCUGGUCAAGGCCACCGGUAGCGAGAGCAGGAGCUCCUUGGUCCACAAGGUCCCCCCCAGGGACCAUCUUGGCAGGAUUUGCCCUGAGGGGUCUCAGCAGAGCUUGGAGGUUUACAGGGCUGGUUCCCCACAGAGCUUGAAACGUGGGCAGACCACCAUCAAAGACUUCUACAGCUCCAAACGGAGGAUCGUCCCCGACAAGCCCAAGCCAUGACCUGGUGGUGCUCAGCUCCUCUGCCAUCGGGGACAGCUACCGAUGCUGAUGUGCCCUGGGGGUGUCCCUGGCUCUUUUCCCCCCCACCCUGUACUGUGUAAGCUGUCUGUAUGAAGCAAUGUAGAGUCUGUAGUUCCUUAUUUAUGAGUAGCUCUGGGGUCCUGAGGGACCUUCACUGUGUGCAAUGUAUAGGAGUAGCCCACGUUGAGGCUUGUAGCCCCACGGAGGGGAUGGAGGAGGACUGAAACAGGCCUGGCGGGAGGAAGGCAUUGCCCUGCCUGCAGAGAAGAAAGUGUGUUUUCUGCCCUGUGUUGGUGGGGCCAAGCACCGUCCUUGCACCAUCCUGCUGUCCAGCUGUGGUCCUGCCCCUGCCUGACAGCUGGCCGUGGGGGACACUUGUGUCCCAGCCACCUGGUAGCACCAGAUAACCUUAAAGGGUCACCGAUGUGGAUCAUAGAGCCCUGGGACAGCCUGACCCUGAGGACACCCUGGGUGCUGGCACGUGGUGGUGGCCCCCUUCCCAGCGGUGGCAAGCCUUUGUCCAUGCAUGGAAGCGGAGUGACGUGGAGACUGCUGUUCCCUGGCCAGCCCUGCCUUUGGGUGACUCACCGGCGCUGUCACCCAGCAGAGAUGGGCUGCGGAUGGUGACAAACCUGCUGGAGGUUCCCAGUGCUGAGCUCAUUGUGGGACCAACGCUGCCUGGGAGGUUUUGGGGUCCCCUGGACUCUGCUGACCCAAACCCCCACUUUCUUACCGUGUUCUUGGCUUGUUGAGUGGUGCUGUUUGUCCUGUUCCUGCCUCCUUCAACACUGACACCAGGCUGGGGAGCUGCUGGCUCUGGCCAUGCUGGACUCCUCUGGGAAGGAAGGAGUCCUGCUCACCAGUGAGGAUGACACCGAAAGAUGAAAUUGUAGCUUUUUUCCUGGACUCUUUCUCCUUUGGGGCUGAGGGGAGGGAGGACCCUCACCUGGCUCUGCAGAGCAAGGGGCUUCGGUUGCCUCUGGGACCAAGGGAUGUCCCAGAGCAAAGGCUGCUCGGUCCCAGCGCUGAAGGAUGAGUCCCUGCUCUUGAAGGACUCAACACUGUCAGGUCUCAGCACUUUCAUGGGGUUCACCUCCUGCUUUGCUGGAUUUGGACUCUGGAAACUGGUGCAAGAUGGUCCCGGGCAGAAAAAGGACGGGGUCAACCUCCUGCCUUGCACCGUGAAGCACUUUGCUGUCAGUGAAGCUGGCAAGCUCCCAGCACUAAAUGUUUAUUUAUAAAAAAAAAAUGCUAUUAAGUCUAUGUGAGGGGGA